AUGAAGCGGAUGUUAAACGAAGGGAAUCCUUAUUUACCUGAAAUUUCAAAAGUUCGAAAGAAAGACGAAGAUGGACAAAAGCAAAUUAAACGGUAAGUUACCAUCUAGAUAGAUGUUUAAUAUAAUUUUGUCUAAUAAUUAACUUUAGGUUUAAGAAAAACUUUGUGUCUUUGGAUGCUUAUACGAGACACAAGUUGAUGGUGAAUAGCUAUUUACUGUGUUACAAAGGUGCAUCGGGUCAGUUAGAACGAGAUUCAUCUAAGGACAGAGGGAUUUACGAUAUAAUUAAAGUAAGGUUUAAUUUAACUUUAAUUUUUAGGUUUACUUACUUACAAUGGACUUGUAUGAUAAAUAAAUUAUGCUACUUCAGGAAAACCAUCGAUUUCUAUGGGGAAACGAAGACCUAACAGAUGUGGCUAAAGACUGGGACAAGCAACUAGCCAAAAAGUAUUAUGACAAACUAUACAAAGAGUACUGUAUAGCAGAUCUGUCGAGGUUUGAGAAGAACCAGAUCGGGCUCAGAUGGAGAACAGAAAAAGAAGUUGUUAGUGGGAAGGGUCAAUUUCAAUGUGGAGGGAAGCAUUGUGAGAAGAAGAAGAAGCUCACGAGUUGGGAAGUGAACUUUUCUUACGAAGAACACGGAGAAAAGAAGAAUGCCUUAGUUAAGGUCAGGUUAUGUCCAGAAUGUUCAUUGAAAUUGAACUUUCAUUCGAAAAAGAGAAAGAUCAAGAAGGAGAAAGUCAAGAAGAAGAAACACAAGAAACAUAAGAAGAAGAAAAGAAGACAUUCGGACUCUGAGGACAGUGAUUCAGAUGUAAAUGAUAUGCCAGGUACAAGCAGUAGCGACAUUAAAGUGGAAAUACAACAAGAUGCAGAUAAGACGGAAGAGGAGAAGAAGAAGGAGGCGGAAAAGGAAGCUCAAGACAUCUGGUCAAAGCCUGUAGAUGUGAAUGAAGAAGAAGCUACAGGGCACGAUGAAAUGGAGAGCUUUUUUGACGAUCUGUUGUUGUAG